AUGGGUAACUGCUGCGCGUCGCCGGUGGAUCCAUCAGAGCGCCCCCCGAANACGACCUACCUCUGCAUCGAUCGAGAAUCCGGCGAGCACCUCGCUUGCAAAUCGAUAUCGAAGAAGAAGCUGCGGACCUCCGUUGACAUCGAGGAUGUUCGUCGAGAGGUCGAGAUUAUGCGGUCGCUGCCGCCGCAUCCCAACAUUGUUAGCUUGAAGGAUACUUAUGAGGAUGAUAAUGCAGUGCAUCUUGUUAUGGAGUUGUGCGAGGGCGGCGAGCUUUUCGAUAGGAUCGUCGCGAGGGGGCAUUAUACGGAGAGGGCUGCAGCGGUCGUGACGAAAACCAUUGUCGAAGUCGUGCAGAUGUGCCAUAAACACGGGGUCAUUCACCGGGAUCUCAAGCCGGAGAAUUUCUUGUUUGCUAACAAGAAGGAGACGGCUGCUCUCAAGGCGAUCGAUUUCGGGUUGUCUGUGUUCUUCAAGCCUGGUGAGAUAUUCUCGGAGAUUGUUGGCAGUCCUUAUUACAUGGCGCCUGAGGUUUUGAAACGACAUUAUGGGCCAGAAGUUGAUGUUUGGAGUGCUGGAGUCAUCCUCUAUAUCUUGCUGUGCGGUGUGCCGCCGUUUUGGGCGGAAACUGAACAGGGAGUUGCACAAGCAAUUAUUAGAUCGGUUAUUGAUUUCAAGAGGGAUCCGUGGCCUAGAGUUUCUGACAAUGCGAAGGAUCUUGUGAAGAAGAUGCUUAAUCCCGAUCCUAAGAAGAGAUUAACAGCACAGGAAGUGCUUGAUCAUCCUUGGCUGCAGAAUAUUAAAAAGGCACCAAAUGUUAAUCUUGGUGAAACUGUGAAAGCUAGGCUUCAGCAAUUCUCUGUGAUGAAUAAACUCAAGAAGAGAGCUCUUAGGGUGAUUGCUGAACAUUUGUCGGUGGAGGAAGUAGCUGACAUAAAGGAGAUGUUUUCAAAGAUAGAUGUAAACAAUACCGGGAAUAUAUCAUUAGAAGAGCUGAAAUUUGGUCUGCACAAGCUUGGCCACCAGAUUCCAGAUGCUGAUGUUAAGAUUUUAAUGGAUGCUGCUGAUGUUGAUGGCAAUGGGACAUUGGACUAUGGAGAGUUUGUUGCUGUGUCGGUUCAUCUCAGAAAGAUAGGAAAUGAUGAGCACCUGCACAAAGCUUUCACUUACUUCGAUCAGAACAAGAGUGGAUAUAUAGAGAUCGAUGAGCUACGAGAAUCCUUAGCUGAUGACAUGUGUCAAAAUAAUGAGGAAGUCAUCAAUGCCAUCAUCCGUGAUGUGGACACAGACAAGGACGGAAAGAUCAGCUACGAGGAGUUUGCAGCAAUGAUGAAGGCCGGAACAGAUUGGAGAAAGGCUUCAAGGCAAUACUCUCGGGAGCGAUUCAAUAGCCUCAGCUUGAAGCUGAUGAAGGAUGGAUCAUUGCAGGUGAAGAAUGAGCAGAGCAGAUAAAGAAAAAAAAACAGGUGUUAUGGAAAUGUGUGUAUGUUUGUGAUAUUCGAAACAGGCAAAUUCCUUUUAUCAUGAUGGAGAUGUUACAAGAUUCAUUCCCUGGUCCUUUUGUUGUUCCAUUCUUGAAUGAUCUGAUGAUAUGAUUCUUUUUUAGCUUGUUAUUUGGUUUGGGUAUCAGCUGGGGCAUGAAACGGGGGGCUUUUUUGUUUUAUGUAUAAUUACUUCCACUUGGAUGUAUGGGGGUUAAAAUGGAUAAAGAGAUGUUGUUGUCAAAUGUUCAUGGCUGUAAAUAUGUAACAAUGUCGCUCAGCGAAAAAUUACCCAUUGGGCAUUGCUUGUUCAAAAGUUUUUGUACUCUGUAAAAUUCAUUUUGCAAUGAAGUUUCUUUGUUGGCUA